CAAUGAUGCUUAAGCUAGGUUUCAAUGAAAGGUGGGUACAUUUGAUUAUGAAUUGUAUGAGAACAGUCACCUACUCCAUUCUGGUAAAUGGACAAUGAUCUAUGGAAUUCAAGCCGGAUUGAGGGCUUAGACAAGGUGAUCCACUCUCACCUUACAUGUUCCUACUAUGCGUGGAAGGGCUGUCGGCUAAAAUAAAUCAGGAGGUUAGCAGGGGCACUAUCCACGGGUUAAAGGUGUCUUGUAGGGGGGGCCAACUAUCUAACAUAUGCUCUUUGCAAACGAUAGCAUUCUGUUUGCCAGAGCUACACCCCCGGAGUGUAGGAAAAUAAAGGAAAUUUUGCAGGUUUUAUGAGCUGGAUGAAAUCCGAAGGGUGAUUUCGGCCUUCUGGUGGGGACAACAGGGGGGAAGAAAAAGGAUUCCAUGGAAAGCUUGGAAGAAGUUAUGUAAACCAAAAGAGGAAGGAGGUAUGGGGUUCAGAGAUUUUGGUACUUUCAACUUGGGCUUACUAGGGAAGCAAAUCUGGAACUUAAUGGAGAAUCCAAAGACUCUGGUAGCUCGAGUGUUGAAAGCCAAAUACUUUCCACAUACUGACAUCCUAGGCGCAUCUAUUGGCAACAACCCAAGCUAUACUUGGAGAAGUCUGAUUGCAGCACAUGAGUUGGUUAAGCAAGGUUUAAGAUGGAAGCUAGGAACAGCUCGCAUAUCAAUAUCCGGGAAGAUAAAUGGAAGAGCUCAUUACUGCUACACUAUUUUAAUAUUAUUGAUCGAGCUCGCAUCGAAGGAUACCUAUUCCUAGGCACCAUCAGUUGAUAAGAGGAUAUGGAGCUGAGAGAAAAUGGAUAAUUACUCGAUUCGAUCAGCUUACAAAUUCUGGUGCACCACAGGAAACACUAAAGAGGGAGAGGGUAAUCAGGUGGGUGACCUCAUUGACUAUGGCACCAGAACCUGGAAGAGCUCAUUACUGCAACACUAUUUUAAUAUUAUUGAUCGAGCUCGCAUCGAAGGGAUACCUAUUCCUAGGCACCAUCAGUUGAUAAGAGGAUAUGGAGCUGAGAGAAAUUGGAUAAUUACUCGAUUCGAUCAGCUUACAAAUUCUGGUGCACCACAGGAAACACUAAAGAGGGAGGGGAACUGAAUGAAGAAGGUGGGGGGAAGUAUAUGACCCGAUGAAUUGGAAGAGACUAUGGGCUUUGAGCAUUCCCCCAAAUGUUAAAACCUUUCAGUGGCGAUUUGUUCAUGAUAUUCUAUCGACGGGAAAAAACAUUGAAGGGAGGAAAAAUGAUGCUCCAAUUGAGUGCCCAUAUUGCAACCAAAUUGAGACACAAACUCAUAUCUUUCGAGAAUAUUCCUGGGCAACCAAAAUUUGGAGAUCAAUGGAGUACAUGCCUCUAUGCGAAUCAAGGGAAAAUAUAUCUAGUGGAAGUUGGCUCUGUGAAAUCAUGGAACGAGUGGACAAUGAAGUGCUCAACAGUCUGGGAAUGAUUUUAUGGAAGCUAUGGAGUGAAAGGAACAAUCAUAUGUUCAAUAACCACAAAUUUGAAGACUGGGAAAUUGUGGGUAAAGCUCUAGACCUACUGGAAGAGUUUCAAUCGCACAGAAAAAAGGGACUCGGAAACAACGAGGGAAGGAAGAACUACCUGGUCGCCGCUGCCGGAAGGAUGGAACAAAGUGAAUGUCGAUGCCGCUGUGUUGAAGAAGGAAGGUAUAGACCUGGGCAUGGUGGUGAGAAAUGCGGCAGGAUCUUUCCUAAUGGCUAUUGUGGCGAGUGAACGUUCCCAAUGGGAACCAGAGCUGGCGCAGGCUAGAGCGAUGCUAUACGGGCUGAGAUCUACAAUUCAACACCAACUCCUUCCUGUAAUCAUCGAGUCGGAUUGCCAAGCUCUGGUCAAGCAGAUCGGAAAUGAUGAGAGAAAGAUGACAGAGGUGGAAUCGAUUGUGGAGGAGAUAGAAGCGAUAGCAGCUGGAGCAUGAAUAGAGAACUUUCGUUGGGCUUUUGCAAAAAGACAGGCCAACGUUGCGGCCCAUACUAUGUGUAAUUGAGAAGCUCAUGAGACUUGGGUCACGAGACCUCCUGUUUUUCUCUAUUCCACCUUAGCACAAGACUGUAAUGGGCCUAUUUCUAUCUAAUUAAUAUAAUAGGUUGAUUAUCGGUCGGUAGUACUCGUUUGAACUGGUACCCAUUACAAAACCAAUUCAAAUGCUCCCGACAUGUCUGAUUUUCGAUUUUUAAACAAAAUGACGAUCUAUUCCGUUAAAUUAAUUAACAACAAUAUUUUUUAUACUUUUUUUAUUGAAUUUGAAAGUUAAAUGUCAAUGUUAUUUGUUGGAUUCAAGUAUGAAUGUUUAGAUUUUGAUAUUAUUUUUUGAAUAUUUAAGCAUAAACUUUUGAAUGUUGGCGUUAAAUAUUGUAUUUAAAUAUGUCGAUUUUCUUUUUGUUUGUAAUGUUGUAUUUAAUUUAAAUAUGAAUGUAGAUUUUAGAGAGAUUGUAUUCAAAUAUGUUAUAUAUGCCUAACUAUGUUAUAUAUAAGUAGAUUUCCCACUUCCUACAUGUUUUGCUAUAACUGAUAUGAACUGACAUAAAUCGAUUGUACCGUUGAUCGGAAUCAGACCAUAUCAAUUGUCAAACCGAUAUAACAGUAUAAAUAAGUUUGACAACAUUAUAACAUGAUAGUACAACCAUUCUUUUUAUAUAUCAUUUUGAUUUAGUGAUACGCAUAAUUCUACCUAUAUUGAUUAAAAAAAUGAAAUCCAAACUCAGUUUAUAAUUUUUUUGGCAAAAUACAGUUGUAUAUCCACAACUAUCACGUUUGUGACAAAUAUAUUCACAACUAUCGAAAUACACGAAAUAUUCAAUACUGUCUAAUGCUCUAACGGCGUCAAUUAACAGUCUGACUGGAUUGGCGGAAUGGGCUGAGUCGGCGAUAUUUGGUCCCACCAUUACACAUGGAUAAUGAAAAAAAUAAAAUAAAAAGAUAAAAUCCUUCUUUUCCUCUUCCCAUUCUUCCCACCUCUCUCCUUUUCUUCCUCAAAGCCCUAUCUUUGAUCUCUCUCUAUUGCCCUCGAUGUGUCAGAUGAUGCAGAAGAAGUUGGAUUUUCGGCGGCGCAUCUCACUUAUCCCACCCCUUUCACCAUGUCGUUCACGUACGUAAUCGCCUCCAAGUACCAACACAAACACCUCUAUUGAAUCUGGGUUUUUGGGUUGAAUCUCAGAGGUCAAUCGAAGUUGGAAAUGAUUCCAUUCGAAUCAAACUUGGAGACUCGGAGCUCGAAUCUGGGUUUCUCACUGAGCUCGGAGGUUGAAUCGUAGUUGAAGGCUGAAGCUCGACGCCGAUUCGUUCAAAUCGAACUCUUAGGCUCGGAGGUCGAAUUUGGGUUUCUGUGGUGAAGCUGAAUCCGCCGCAGCGGCUGUCCUUGCCCUCAGUCGAUCUUCACUAGCCUCAUCUUUAGUGGUCAACCGGUCGUUGAGGAGCUCGACGUCGCUAGGAGAGAUAUUGAGACAGGAACUUCCCUUUCAAGCAGCCGCCGAAGGACUCUGGGAAGGCGUCGAGGUUGGGCAUCUCGGCGAGUUCACUGUGAAUUGAGCCGGCUGAGUGAGGACGCCGCCAGGUCGUCUUCCAUCCGCGGUCGAUGGGGGGGGGGGGGGGGGGGGGUUCUCAUCCUCUGCUUGAUGCGAUUUUGAGGGUUUUCCAAUCCUAUUAUUGCUUCGAUUUGGGGGUUUCACAUCGGCGGUGGGAUUGGUUUCCGUCUGAGAAAGAAACAGAAAGUCGAUUGAGCAAGUGGACAAGCCCAGAUCGUCGAUUGGGAAAGCAAAAGACCAAGAUCGAUGUAGGCGACGGGAGCGUGAGAGGAAGCUAGAGGAGGAAACAAAGCUCGCCGUUGGGAUUUGGCCGUUUGGUAACGAAGCUCGGCGUCGGGAUAGCGUGGCCGGAAAUAUGGGGUUGAUCGCCGAAAAAAGUUUAAUUUUAAAU